UCCGUUUCCCCGAAGCCGAGGCAGAGAUCCACGUAUUGCAGACGCUCGUCCACACAGCACGCUUUCUUCCCGUCUCCCGCCGUGCUUGCGCAUUCAUUUCGCUCCGUUCAACCGACGUCUUUCGUUUUCUGAAUGUAGCGCUUUCCGAGCAAGCUGAUCGAGGCAAGAACGACCCGGGCGGCGCUAGCUGCCCCAAACCCAUCACCGUGAGACUGCGUUCGACAGGAUUUCUGCCUUAAAAAAAAAGAUAGCAUAAGUUUUAUUUAUUUAUUUUUUUAAAUAUAUCAAGAAACGCAUCGAAGAUUUCACCGAGCGCAAAAACUGGAGGAUGAAUACCAUACGACAGGUGCCUUCAAGGGUGAAAAGCAAAAGGACCGAAACCAAUUUGGGGGCAGAGAGAGAACACUUUGACAAGCAGCAGCUCAGCAGUAUCAGUAAGGCCAUAAACUCCAGUGAGACGCCGGUGAAGGAGAAACAUGCCCGCCGCAUCAUCCUGGGCACGCACAGGGAGAAGGGGGCCUUCACCUUCUGGUCCUACGCCCUGGGCCUGCCCCUGGCCAGCAGCUCUAUCCUCAGCUGGAAGUUCUGCCAUGUCCUGCACAAGGUGCUGCGGGACGGCCACCCCAACAGCCUGCAGGACUGUAUAAGGCACCAGAGCAACAUCGUAGAGACAGGGGAACUCUGGGGAAACCUCCACGAUCGCUACGGACAGCUGGUCAUCGUCUACACCAAACUGCUCUGCACCAAGAUGGACUUCCACAUGAAGCAUUCAGAAAUCCGCCCCAGCCUGGAGGCUUCGGAUGAGGUCUUGGAGAAUGCCGCCGGGAGUGAUAUUAACAAUGUGUUCCAGCUCACAGUGGAGGUGUUCGAUUACCUGGACACUGAGCUGAGGCUGGCAGAGACAGUGAUCCGGCAGCUCAACACCUCCAUCGCCAUCUCCACCACGGCGUCGGGGCAGUGCAGGCUGGCCCCGCUCAUCCAGGUGAUCCAGGACUGCAGCCACCUGUACCACUUCACCGUGCAGCUGCUGUUCCGUCUGCACGCCUGUCUGCCAGCGGACACUCUCGUGGGCCACAGAGAGAGGUUCCAUGACCAGUUCCACAGCCUGAAGAACUUCCUCAACAAAUCCAGAGACAUGCUGUACUUCAAACGGCUCAUUCAGAUUCCCCGGCUCCCUGACGCCCCGCCCAACUUCCUGCAGGCGUCGGCGCUGGCGGAGCACGUGAAGCCCGUGGUGGUGGUGGAGGAGGAGGAGCCUGCGGACGAUGACGAGCCCGAGCCGCUGAUCGAGGUCAGCGAGGUCACGCAGCCCAGCCUGCAGGUGCAGCCGCAGUUUGACAUAUUCGAUCAGACCUUUGGGCCUCCAAAUGGUGGAUUCGAUGAAAGGGAUGUUCAGAUCGACGGCAUGAAGAGGGAGCUGGAGCUCCUGCGGGCUGAACUGGAGCGGAUUAAAGCUGAGGCCCAGCGCUACAUCACGCAGCUGAAGUCCCAGAUUAACAGCCUGGAGGCGGAGCUGGAGGAGCAGCGGGCGCUGAAACAGCGCGCCCUGGUGGAGAACGAGCAGCUGCGCAUGGAGCUGCAGGCCCUGAGAGAGCAGAGCGCAGAGAGCCAGAGUCUGCAGCACACCUACAGCGAGGCUGAGAAGAGAGCCCAGGCCACAGAACUGCGAUACACCAAACUGAAGGAGAAGCACGCAGAACUUGUCAGCAACCAUGCAGAACUACUACGCAAGAGCGCAGACACGGUGAAGAUGCUCUCGGCCAGUCAGCAGACUCAGGAGGAGGUGGCUCGGACCAAGCAGCAGCUUUCCUUCGAGGUCGACCGCGUCAGGCAGGAGGCCGACAUGAAGCUGGAGGAGCAGAAGUUUGAGAUGGACAGACUGAGGCAGGAGCUGGAGGAGCGGAGGGUGGAGGUGCUGCGGGUCAAAACCAGCCUACAGAGCAACGAGAGGGAAGGGGAGGAGCUGAGCGGCACAUUAGCGGCGCUGCAGGAGGAGAAGGAGGCGCUGGCGCGUUUGGCGGUGCAGCAAGAGGAGCAGCUGGCCUCCCUGCAGACGACUGCGCAGCUGCAGCUCACCUCCCUGCAGCAGGAGAGAGAGAGGAGCGCCCGGGAGCUGGGCGAGCUGCAGGGGAAACUGCAGGAGAAGCUGAGUCGGGAGGAGCAGCUGCAGCAGAAGCUUCUAGAAGAGCAGUUUGUGCUGCUGCAGGGGACGGUCUCCGAGGCCGAGAGCAUCAUACAGGACGCAGCAGCCAAGCUGGACGACCCGCUGCACAUUCGCUGCACCAGCUCUCCAGAUUACCUGGUGAAUCGUGCUGAGGCGACUCUGGGCUCUGUUGAUAAACUCAAGCAGGGUCACACAGACUACCUGAGGAACAUGGCAGACGCUAGCGGAUUGCUGCGGGCGGUGACUCAGUUCUCCCACCUGGCCUCGGACACCAUCGUCAACGGCAGCGCCACAGCCCACAUGGCCCCCACUGACCACGCGGACCGGCUGACGGAGAGCUGCAGGAGCUGUGCGUCUCAGAGUCUGGCGUUUCUGCGCGAACUGAAGGCCAAGGCCACCUUGCAGGGGGCGGAUCCGGCCGCUACCCGCUCUGCCCUACAGCAGAUCCUGAGGCUCGGCCAGGAGCUGAGGCCGAAGGGCUCGGACAUCCGGCAGGAGGAGCUGGGCGACCUGGUGGAUAAGGAGAUGGCAGCGACUUCGGCGGCCAUCGAGGAAGCCGUCCGGCGGAUCGACGACAUGAUGAACAAGGCCAGGACAGGCACCACCGGGGUCAAACUGGAGGUCAGCGAGAGAAUCCUAAACUGCUGCACAGACCUGAUGAAGGCUAUCCACAUCUUGGUUCUGGCCUCCACUGACCUGCAGAAGGAGAUUGUGGAGGGAGGGAGGGGCGCAGCAACGGUGAAGGAGUUCUACGCCCGGAACUCUCGCUGGACCGAGGGGCUGAUCUCUGCGUCCAAGGCUGUUGGCUGGGGGGCCACUCAGCUGGUGGAGUCGGCUGAUAAGGUGGUCCUGCACACGGGGAAGUAUGAGGAGCUGAUCGUCUGCUCACACGAGAUCGCCGCCAGCACCGCCCAACUGGUGGCUGCCUCUAAGGUGAAGGCGGACCCCGGCAGCGUGAAGCUCUCGGCCCUGCAGCAGGCCUCCCGCCAUGUUAACGAGAUGGCCGCCAACGUGGUGGCCUCCACCAAGACCGGCCAGGAGCAGAUGGAGGAGAAGAGCACCCUGGACUUCUCGGGCCUGUCUCUGAUCAAGCUGAAGAGAGAGGAGAUGGAGUCACAGGUGAAGGUGUUGGAGUUGGAGAUGCAGUUGGACAGUGAGCGUGUGCGGUUGGGUGAACUCAGGAAGAAACACUACGUUCUGGCCGGGGUUCCGCUGGACCAGGUUGCCGAGGGCAACGGCUUCACUAGCACCCCCCCGCCCCUCUCCCCCAAGCCGACCAAGCCCCCCCUCAUGAAGAAACCUGCCAUUGCACAGAAACCCACCAUCCCUCCCAAAAGCACAUUCAGGUAAAGACACCUGCCAGGAGGCUGCUCCGAUUGGCUGACGUCCCCUCUCUGGCUCCGCCCAGCAUAGAUUGGCACACUGGUCAGCAUGACAACUUCUGUCACGCAGUCUGGGACACUAUGUCUGAGGAGGCAGAACAUCUCCAGUCUCAUUCAUCUCCAUCCCUUUACCUCUCUAAACUGAGCCUCUCUCUCUUUCUCACUCUCUCUCUCUCUCACUCCCUAUCUCUAUCUCUCUCUCUCUCUCACCAUCACGUGACCUUACAGCUGGUGAGGUGAAACCUUCUAGAGAAGACAUUGAUAGGCUGUCAGAUAGAACGCGAUCUGGAACUCGAGCAAACUGCUUUUUUUUUAUACAGCCACACCCUUUAAUGUCCCUGCGUCCAUUGUUCCCGAAUGGUGUAAAUUUUCAAACAAGGGUAAGUUUUUAAGUGUACUCGGGGUGCAAUACUACGGAUGAAGAUGUUCAUUUCAGGCCCGUCUGAGUGAACACUGGAACACGGACAGCAGUGUGGAGGUCGAAUCACAGC